AUGGCAAAGAAAUGUGUUCUUGAUAUUCUUGUCACACUUCUUUUGUUCAAUUGCAUUUUACUAGCUGUUAAUGGACAUUCUUUACCACCUAAAAUCUUUGAUGUUGUCAAAUACGGCGCCGUUUCCGAUGGAAAAACCGAUAACACUAAGGCGUUUUUGAAGGCGUGGGAUGAAGCAUGUGGGUAUAGUGGGAGGAGUAGGGUUUUUAUCCCAAAUGGAAUAUUCUUAUUGGAUUCAGUUUCGUUUGUGGGCCCAUGCAGUGGUCCAAUCUCUUUUUUGGUAAAAGGUACAAUCAGAGCUCCGACGGACAGCCGCAGAUUUUUUACGGAUACUUGGAUAGGUUUCCGGUACGUCAGUCGUUUGACGGUGAAAGGCGGCGGGAUUUUCGACGGCCAAGGGCAGGCGGCGUGGCCUUUUAAUGACUGCAAAACUAACGAUCAGUGCAAGCCUCUUCCUACUACGCUCCGAUUCGACUUCGUAAACAAUUCGCGGGUCCUAAACCUCCAUUCAAUCAACAGCAAAAGCUCACACGUCAACAUAUUCGCAUGCGGCAACUUCAACAUAACCAACGUUCGUCUAACCGCUCCUUCCGACAGCCCUAAUACAGACGGCAUCCACAUAGGCAGCUCGAGCCAAAUCAAGAUUACGCACGUCCGCAUCAGCACCGGUGAUGACUGUAUAUCCAUGGUAUCAGGUAGUCAAAACAUAGAAAUAUACGACGUUUCUUGUGGGCCCGGCCAUGGAAUCAGCAUCGGAAGCUUAGGUCGAAGCCACGAGCAUGAAUACGUGAAGGGUAUAACGGUCAGAAACUGCAGUUUUAUCGGCUCGGAUAACGGUGUGAGGAUCAAGACUUGGUCGCCUUCUCUUUAUAGCGAGGCUUCGGAUAUGACCUUUCAAGAUAUUUUCAUGCAAAACCCUAAAAACCCUAUUGUUAUUGAUCAGCAGUAUUGUCCUUCAUCCCAUUGCUUAAUGAAGAGUGAGUCAAGAUCGGCUGUGCAGAUAAAAGAUGUGACGUUCAGUAACAUUUGGGGGAUUUCGAGUACUAAAGUUGCACUCGAUUUACAAUGUAGUGGAACUUUACCUUGUCGGAAUGUGAAGCUUAUAGACAUUAACUUGUCUUACAACGGUCCCGGAGGACAAGCGAUUUCUCAAUGUUCAAACGUAAUCGGUUCUUCUCAUGGGAAGCUCGUUCCGUCUGGUUGUUUAUAGUUUAAUAUUGUUUUUGUAUCUUGCUAUUGGUAUUUUUGGUUUUAACGGUUAUUUUUAGUCCGUACGUGACUUCGAUUUGCAGCCAUGAUGUAUUUAGUUUUGUGGCAUGAGCAACGAUCCUCUUUUGUUUUAGAAAUUGAAAAAUUUUUGUACUUAAAUUGCCAUUCUCUCUUCAAUUUCGAAACGGAAUAAGUGAUAUUUUGUUUA